AUGUCUGGAGCCCUCGACCUCGAGAAGCAGUUGCGCUUUUAUGGCGCAUAUCACCACAACCCAGUCAACAUCUGGAUACAUAUAACCUGUGUACCUAUCAUUCUGUGGUCUUUCUUCCUUCUGGGCACUAACACGCCACCUUUGAUCCAAGUCCCGGAAGAAUACCAGAUUCCUUACCUACCUCCGAACUUUGGUCUCUUCUCUGUCCUCGCCUACUGUGUUCUCUAUGUCCUCCUCGAGCCGGUCGCCGGUACCGCAUUGUCCGUUCUGCUGCUCGCCAGUACUGCGUGGGCCAAUCAUCUGACCAGCACAUAUGGCAUGACCGCCAACUACUGGGCGUUGGGCCUUCACGUUGCCUCAUGGGUUGCUCAAUUUGUUGGACACGGCAAGUUUGAGGGCAGAAAACCGGCACUGUUGGACAAUAUCUUCCAAGCAUUCUUCCUUGCGCCACUCUUUGUAUGGCUGGAGCUAUUAUUCAUGGUGGGAUAUCGUCCUGAUCUACAACAGCGCCUCGAGGUCAUGGUCAAGGAGGAUGUCGCGAAAUUCAGGGCUUCUCAAAAGGUGAAUGGCAAGACCAACGGUCAAGCAGUCAAUGGUCAUGCCAAAACGUCUUGA